UCUCUACUGCUUAUCAGAACAUAACGGACUGUUAAUACUGUUGGAGCGCAUGUUCUGGUCACAGAGGUGAACAGAAUUUCGGUGAAGAAGUAUACUUUGCACAAGUGAACUCAAGCCAAUUUAAAGACGUGCAUCCACCACUGAAACAACAUGCAACUUAAAAUCUCCAUUACCCGAUGGGUUUGUAUCACACUGCUUGUCCUAAAGACCGCCUACUGCAUGGCAAAGUCACAAGACGGCAUCGACAACUCUAACAUUGAAGCAGUUCGGGAGAAGCGCGGUGUAUUAGACAGUGACUCUAAAGAAGCCUUAUCAGACUUUAUUAACACUUUAUCAGAUUCUGCAUCGGACGCAUCUGUGCAAUCGAAAAGAGGCUGGCAAACAUUUGACUCAAGGGGUAAAAGAAUGUUGGUGAACCUAUCUCCGUGGGGGAAACGACGGUGGGCUCGUCUUCAGUCAUGGGGUAAACGAUCCUUCGAUCCAUCUGCAAUGGACGGCUCAGAUAAAGAUGAUAUCGAAUCGGGAAGUCAAACGGGGCAAGCAGAGGUAUACAAUAAAGAAAAACUUGACUCUAAAAACAUGGGCACGUGGGGGAAGUCUGAUCCUACUGACGAAUUAGCAGCCGGAGGACUUGAGGAUGUAGAUAAACGGAAAUGGACAGGCUACGCCUCUUGGGGUAAACGUCAGGAUGAAAAUGUGUCCGAUGAUUUUUUGCCAAAAAGGAAAUGGAACCAACUGAGUGCAUGGGGAAAGCGUGCGGAUGACUUGACAGCUGAUGAACUGGAAGCCAUCAAGCGGAAGUGGAAUAGGAUGGCAUCAUGGGGAAAGCGAUCUAAUUGGAGUGGUUUCAGUUCAUGGGGAAAACGGAAUCCUUGGUCGAGUUUGGCAACGUGGGGGAAAAGGUCAAACUGGAGUGGCUUUAAUUCGUGGGGAAAACGCAAUGACGCUGACAGCGUAGAGUAGUAAGCAAGCUGACUGGUGGUUCAAUGGUUUUUGUGACGUAUACCGCUAUGACUGAAUUAUCCCGUCACAACGACACCUAACGUACCGAAACGUUUUCUGCAUCUGUGGAUACAUGUAACUAAAACCGCGGAUACGAAAAUAAUGUGUGCCUGGACCUGUCAAUGAAAAGACAAAGACACGAAACUAAAAUCAGUGGUAAUGCCAAGCACUUCAAGUGGCAAUGCCAUGCAUUUUGUAUUUCUUAUGAAAUGUCGGAAUGAAAAUAGAAGAAAGAAGUCUUGGCCAUCUUAUUUGACGCGAUAAUUAUGACUGCAUUGAUUGUAAAAAGUGUUAAAUAUUAACCGUCGUCUAAAUAUUUUCUUUGUUAUACUCCAUGUGAUAUUAACGUUUGACCUGUAAGAACAACAUAUUAAAUAUGAUUGAUUCAUUUAUAUUUACAGACAUAUCAUACCUUUCCUUAUGUGUAUAAAUAAUUUCUAUAUUUAUGAACUUGUCAUUUCGUUACAGAAUAUAAGGAAAACUGAAGUAAAUUAUUUUCCGUAUCCGCUC